UUGACUGGUACCGUUCGCGGUGGCCGGUAAGUGUGUUUCAUGUGAGAUACACAAAUACAGUGAUUGGACAGAGCACAGUGUAUUCUAGAAGAAUACUUGCCGGAUUAUUGAGGAUUUUCUACAUUCUCCGCCUGCUUUGGACUACUACCCCUUCUCGUAGUAUCGGAGGGUUUGCAGAGUUUUCGAUAAAAUGCAUUUACCGGAUGGACCGGGAAUGGACCAUUUGAAUGCGAUUCACGAGACGCUGCAGGCUUGCCACGGAGAUCUAGUAAGGACCGGAAGUCCCGCCAUCCUCUGUAGCGCGUUGCCAUCGCACUGGAGGUCGAACAAGUCGCUGCCGGUGGCUUUCAAGGUCGUCGCUCUCGAUGAAGUCAGCGACGGCACUCUGGUCACGAUCAGAGCCGGCAACGACGAGAAUUGCUGCGGAGAACUGAGAAACUGCACCGCAGUCAUGAAGAACCAAGUUGCCAAAUUCAACGACUUGAGAUUCGUUGGUCGCAGCGGGAGAGGAAAAUCGUUCUCGCUGACGAUACAAAUCAGCACGGUGCCCUUCCAAGUCGCCACCUACACGAAGGCGAUCAAAGUCACAGUAGAUGGACCAAGAGAACCUCGAUCCAAAUCAAAUUAUCAAUAUGGACACGCAUUCCCUGGACUUGGACUGCUCAAUCCUUGGGUGGAUGUCGCGUGUUUAGGACACGCGUGGCACUUCCCUCAUCCGGCGUUCGUCAAAGGAACAAUUCCAAUACCAUCGCCAGAUUUAUUUCCGCCAGCGUUCCCCCCGCCGGUUCUGCCUGCGUACCCGUUCGACCACGCGAAGUAUCCAACCGAGUACGCGACGUUGCCGCCGAAAACUAGCAGCAGCAGCACCACCACACCAGCCACCAACCCCAAUAGCCCGUCCAGAACGCCGCCGAAGAGCCCCAGCGAGUCCGGAAGCGAAUCUGCUCCCGAAGAGAUACGUAGCGCGUUCGUGCCAAUCAGAUUGAACACCCUGCCGCCGAUGUCGUCGGCCAUCACCGCCUCCUCCUCGUCCCCCGAACGAAUUCUGCCGAAGAAAACUAUCGAGAGCACGAGGAACGAGCUGAAAGCGCCAACGGCUCUCAUCUCGCGACCACUGACGCCAAAGAGGACGACCCCAUCCCCAGGGACGAAAAUCUCCUCAACGACCAAACCAGUUUGGAGGCCUUACUAGGACGAAAGGUGGACGAGGAUCCGAUGAA